UUGCUUGUGAACACAGCACUGCAAACCUAGCUGCUGUUAGUUAGUGAUGUCUGGGCGCGGUAAAGGCGGAAAGGGCUUGGGGAAGGGAGGCGCUAAGCGCCACCGAAAGGUUUUGCGUGACAACAUCCAGGGCAUUACCAAACCUGCUAUCCGUCGUCUGGCUCGGCGUGGUGGUGUUAAGCGCAUCUCCGGCCUCAUUUACGAAGAGACCCGCGGAGUGCUGAAGGUUUUCCUGGAGAACGUGAUCCGUGACGCUGUCACCUAUACCGAGCACGCCAAGCGCAAGACUGUCACGGCCAUGGACGUGGUUUAUGCUCUUAAACGCCAGGGGCGCACCCUUUAUGGCUUUGGCGGCUAGAACCUGAAGUAACUUCAGAACUGCAAAAACAAAGGCCCUUUUCAGGGCCAUCCAUCUUUUCACUUGAAAGAGCCAGUCACUUAAUGAUCGUGCUUUCUUUGGGUUUUACUCAGGUGCUGGGUCUAACCUUGUACAUUGCGGCCGCGAGUUAAAAAUUGUUUAGUGUGAGCUGUUGUUACCUUCCCAGUCGACACUGAAGUUUUAGUUAUCCUUGUAGAUCACGUUUAAGUGGUCCGUAUAUAAACAAAAUUGGUCUGUAUUUUCCGCAUUAUUAGACAUUUGGAAUGAUUUCACUGUAGCUCAACUAUUAAUGUUAUAAAACUUAAGGCGAUAUUGGAGAGUAUUACAGAAAAAGGAAGCAUGAUGCUUAUAAAAAAAAAAAAUGGAAGAAGUACAAGGCGGUGUCAAGUGCCUGCAGUGUCUGUGUCUAGUUACUGUUAAAUGAGCUGUAGAUAUUAAAGCAGCCAGCCUUCCCACAGCUCACAUGAUGUGAGGAGCUUGACAAAUGUAAAAUUACGUGGAAUUUAAAGUACAUUGAAGGUCUACGGGAAAAGCAGGACAAUACAGAGUUUUUAAUGGAAUGAAGAGGCAGAGUGCCUUGUAUCUUCGUUUGCUUCUUUACUCUGCUUUGUCUAGUGCUGCUAGUUUCUCUUGUUGAGUCAAAAACAAAGCAAAAGACUUCAUUGAAAUACCAGUGGUCAAUAUAAGUAUAUAAACAAAUUUGUAUUCACUGAGUCUUCACUAUGUUGGCACUUUAUCUUGAAUGAUUUUAUACUUUAUUACAAGUCUAUCUUACCUUAAAUUAUAGUGCUAUGAAGUUUCAGGUCACAUGAUAAAAUGUGUUGGGCUUGAUUUUUCAAACCCAGAUCUUGAUUCAAUUCUUUACCCUUUUUUCCUCCACAUAUAGGAAAAUAAGAUAAAGAUAAGCAAACAGUUCUCAAAUGGGUCACUCUAUUCCUUGUCCUUAACCACUGUUAACCUUCUGCAGCCUCCUGGGAUUGUCAGCGUGCCACAUCUUUGGUGUCCUCACAAUGGGUUUUAUUCUGUGAAGUAUCUUUAAGGAUUAUUGGCAUAUUGUUUACUUUAUAACAAUUACAGGCAAGGCUGGACAGGUGGCUACCUAGCCAGAGGCAACAUUUCCUGGUCUCCUGUUGGCAUGUGUAAGCGCUUUGCUAAAUUCUCUCCAACAAAUGUGAGAGUUGAUAGAAGUUACUUCCAGGUCUGGGCCUUAAAACCUUGCACGUUUCCUUCUUCCCUCUUCCCACCAGUUAUAAUGAUGUUGAUCUAGUUCUAAGCAGGGAACAUCAAGCCCUGUUUGUUGUUAGCUGCCUUGAAGUUGAUUCCAACUCCUUGUGACCAGGAGUAUAGUGUGCAACUGCUUCAUAGGGUUUCCAAGCCUGUGACCUUUUGGUGCCUCUGGAUGAAUUCAAACCACCAACUUUUCGAUGGCUAGUAGUUGAGCACUUAACCAUUUAUGCUAUGCAGGUAGCCCAUCAAGCCCUAGGAGAUGGCAAACAAUGAUUUGGGAAGAACCAGGAUCCCUGAUUCAUAAGGAGCAGAACUGUCCCACAGAGCUGGGCUAAUCAACAAUGGAUUUGUUCUACGAUACGAAAAUAACUCUUUUAAGCUAUUCAUCAUUCGGUCUUUUUGUUAUAAACCAAACCUGUUGCCGUUGAGGUGAUUUCAUAGCAACCCCAUAGGACAGGCUAGAAUUGCCCCCAUAGUUUCCAAGGAGUGGUUGGUGAAUUUGAACUGCCAAUCUUUUGGUUAGCUGAGUACCUAACCACUGUGCAACCAGGGCUCCAGCUUAUUUUUACCAUUCCAAAUACAGUUUUGUGUUCUUGACUUAUUUAGGAAUGUGGGCUUUUCUUUUAUUGGCCCAAAAACUCUUUUAAGGGAAGCUGAUCCCAAAUGAGCUUUAUUCCCUGGUCCCUCCUUUGUGUUCCAUUCUAGGUGACACAGAGUGAGGGCUUAUAUCAUGUUAGAGAUGGAUGGGUGGGCUGUUUAUAGGUCUUCAGCAGUUGUAAUCUGGGUGUUUCUUUAGGACAGCAGUUCUUAACAGUCUGUGGAUAAAAACUCCUUGGAGAAUCUGUUGGAAAAUAUGCAUAUGGACAUAGACAUUACUUGGGGUCAUUCACCCUCUGAGGCUCUCAGGACUCCACGGAUGCCUGUGUACCACCUGGAGUUUAGGAUUUCAGGGUCUGAGAUCUACAGAUUCAAAAUUUAAGUACAGUGAAGACAGAGCAGUCAUUACACAGAAAGAACACAUUGAACAAGAGUAAGUUUAUUUUGUCACCAUUUAUUCACUGUGUGCUAUGGACCAUUUAUUCACGUAUAUGCUUGAGAAGUUAGAUCAGGUCUUAACAUUUUAUAAUUCAGAAUACAGAAUAACCUAUUUUGAAUUUUUUUAUUUUUAAAUGUCUGAAGGCUCAAAGUGAUUGAAUCUCACAAGAUUCAGGAGUAAAUAAAAACAUUGGUGUAACUUGUUGGGGAAUAUAUUAUCAGCCCAAUUAAGGAAGAUAUCCAUAAAUUUUAUCUUAGGGUCUUUUAAAGUCAUCUGCCAUUGACAGUCUCAGCAAAUACAUUUAACAAGGCUUAUGUAUUUAAUGGACCCCCUGAGUGGUGCAAAUCAUUAACACACUCACCUGCUAACUGAAUAGCUGGCUAUUCAAGUUCACUUAGACAUACCUCAGAAGAAAGGCCUGGUGAUCUUCUGAAAAAAAAUCACCCACUGAAAACCCUAUGGAGCAUAGUUCUUUGACACACACACAGGAUCAUCAUGAGUCAGAAUAGACUAGACAGAAACUGGUUUUUAUAAUUUGAUAGUCUGUGUCAUUAAGCAAAGUAUAUAUUAAGUUUAUAAUGGAUGUUCCCAGUACCCUUCCUGGGAGAUGAAAAGGCACCAGAAGCCUCGCAGAGAGGGAUGCCUACUUGCAGUGUGUCUUUUUUCAAGUUACUUAACUUCUCUAUGCCUCAUCUGUAAAAUAGAGAUAAUAGUACCACCAACCUCAUAGGUUUUAGGGUGAAUAAAAUGCAGCAUUUUUUCAGCAUUUAGGCCAGUGCCUGGCAGAGAGUGAGCACUCUUAAGUUUUGGCUAUUGUUAUAGGGUCACUAUGAGUCGGAAUCAACUCAACGGCAGUGGGUUUAGUUUGGUGGUUUUGUUAUUACUAUCAUUAUUAUUCCUCAAGACACUAGAAAGAAAGGUCCAGAGAAAAAGAGGGUGGCAUUUGAACCAUGAAGAUCUACAACUGAAGUCCCAGGCUGCCACUGUCUAUGUUUGCCAUCUAUGACAAGCUUCUAAUAACAAUUUGUAGCCACUGUUACCUCACCUGUAAUUUAGGGGAAACUUCAUGUUUUUGUGAGGACUGAGCGAGAUCAUGUCGAAUAAAUAACACAGCAAUAAUGUAUGCUCCACAAAUACAAGUUUAGCUAUAUUCUUACAAAGGUGCAAGUGUGUUAAUUAAGGUUCUUCUGAAUGACAACAUCAAACCCAAUUGCAGGUAAUUUAAGCAUAAUAAAAAGCUCUUUGAAAACCAAGGCCGCUGACCACAUUUCAGGAACGGCUGAACACUCACACUUGACCUUCUCUUCAGAUACCUUUCCCAGUUUCUAAGAAAGUGAAUGUGAUUGAUUCAGUUGGGCAGAUGCUGGCAUCAGUCAGAUAUGAUGGCCUAAGAGAAAGGCUAACAGCAUAAUGGGGACUGUCCUGAAUGGGACUUGUCCAGACAGAGCUGACUGUCUCAUUCAUUGCUGUAUGUCAGUACCUGGCACUGAAUGGAAUCCCUUCCACUGCUCUCUGGUUUGUCUCUCGUAUCCACUACUCCAUUCCUGCUGCCAUUUCUUUGGCUUGGACCUUUAUUGCCUUUCUUCACUUCCAUUCCCUCCAAUCCAUUCCAUCUCCUGCUGUCUUCCUAAAACUAGAGCCAAUCAUGCCAGUCCCUGCUCACUUUCUAUAACUUUUCAUUGUCUGCAAAAAGAAAUCAAAACAUCACUGUUUGACAUCCAGACCCUUCACAAUCUUAAAUCACCACCUCAUCUUUACCACAAAGAAAGCUCCACACGGGCAAGAGCUUUGGUAACUUUGUGAUUCUUUAUAUCAGAUGUACUCACAGGCUGGUUCCCAGACCAGCAGCACCUGCAUACCCUGGGAACUUUUUAGAAUUGUUAGUUCUUGGACUCCACUCCAGGACUGAUGAAACAAAUUCUGGGGAUAGGACCAGCAACCCAGGCUGUAACAAGCCCUCCAGGUGAUGCCAAUGCACUCUCAAGCUUGAGAAGCACUGUGCUGUAUACUCAGUGCAGGAUUUAGUGGUUCACACUCGAAUGUGAAUGAAUGGCUACCCUAUCUUGCAAUCCAUUGGGUAUUCCUUCUGUCUGCCCAGAAGGCUGUUGUGCCUUCUGGGCAGACAGAAGUACAGGUGCCUCCUCAAAGGUCAUUACCCUUCUUUCUUUCCGACACAACCUUGAUUUUGUUCAGGUUACCUCCCUUCUUCUCUGCUUUGUGCUCCAGGGAAAACGAGUCCCCCCCCCCCCAGCCUUAGGGGUCAAGUCCUGAUUUCCCCACACCAAUCAUUAUGUGCCUCACUAAGGAUGGUUCAGGACAGAGUAUACAGUCAGUUCCUUGGGGCUAUGAAAGCCUUUAACAGUGAAAGGGCAGCUUCCCCAGGACAAGAUGAUUGAGCUGAGUGUAGCUGAUCAAUAAAUUAACAAAGUGUGUGUGUUCUGGCUGGAUGUAGAAUUGGGCAUUUCAGGCAAAGAGACACCUUGGAAGAAAGAUCUGGCAAUCUACUUCC